AUGGAGACAGGAGUGGAGAAGUGUUUGGAUGGUGCCCAGAGCAGUGGUAGUGAUGUGAGGUCAGUGAUGUGUGUGGACAAGGAUGGCCUGUUGCUGGGCAAGAGAGGAGAGGUGGACACCAGGGGCACAUGGAAACUGAAUGGUGCCAUCUUGGCUGUGGCUGAUGCUGGUGACCUGGACCUGUGCCCCAAGAAGCCCAUCAUCAAGAUUGACUGUGGCACCACCAAGUUCAUGGUGCACCAGGGCAAGCAUGUGUCUGGGUUGGUCCAAGCUGCAAGUUUGUUGGACAUACCACUUCUGGUCACAGAGCAGUAUCCAGACAAGUUGGGGAGCACAGAUGAGGAGCUUCCCAUUGAGAGUGCACUGGGUAUAUUCCCAAAAGUGGAUUUCUCCAUGCUUGUACCUGGAGUGGAAGCUGGACUAAGCAGAGUUUGUGGUGGCGAUGUGGAGUCUGUUGUGCUGUUUGGUCUUGAGAGUCAUGUUUGCGUGGAAGCCACAGCUGUGGAUUUGAGGGCGAAAGGAUUACAAGUACAUGUUGUGGCGGACGCUACAUCUUCCAGGAGACAAGAUGAUAGGCUAUUGGCUUUUGAGAGGAUGAGGCAGAUUGGAUGUUUCAUUUCCACGCACGAAACUGUGAUUUUCAAGUUACUCAAGUCCAAGAACCAUCCCAAGUUCAAAGAGGUGCAGAAGUUGAUAUUGGACCUGAUCCCGACAACGAAACUUACCUGAUUUAACCAAGCGUCGAAGGAACUUACAUUCUAUGAGGUGAAAAAAGCAUUCAGGAUACCGUUAAGUUCUUGCGCAGUUCGGAGUAAUCAAUUGGUAUAUUGUACUAUGUUAUGCGGUUAAUGGGAGCAAAUGAAAAGAUCGUGCUGUAUUUUACAGCUUGACAAGCACA